AUGACCUCCGGUGGCGACAGGGUGGGCGGGAAAAUAGAGAUGAAGGGACUUCCUGAGUCGGCAGAAGAGCGCGAUGAGCAGAGCCAUUAUAUUGGCGAUGAAGAAAAUGGAUAUGAGGAUGAGCAUGCAUAUCCACCGCAGUCACCAAGGUCUCCUUUGAUAAACUGGAGGUCACUGUCGCUGGGGGGGCCCUCAAGAAAUAGGCGGAACUGUUUCCUGCGAGAUUCCCGCGUUGCUUGUUUCCCCAGAAUCUCCAAACUGUGGAGGAAAGGGCCGGGCUCGGGGUCGAAGACACGACGCCUGCUGCGGCACUGCAUCGUGGGUGCUCUAGUUGUACUAGGGCUGGUUCAGUUGGUCGCUCUGACUCUAGGGGCUUUGGCGUCUCUCUUACCUGGUGACAUCGAGGACGCCGUUUUUCGCUGGGGUCGACCCGGCCAACAAGGCGAGUAUCGCCCUCACUGGCCUACGGAUACAAGGGGUGUUAAGCCCAUCCCAUGCCAUUCUCACAACGACUAUUGGCGUCCUGUACCCCUGCUUUCUGCCCUGGAGGCCGGCUGCAUUAGUGUAGAGGCGGACAUCUGGCUCCUCGACGAGGACCUCUUUGUGGGCCAUACUACGUCUUCUCUCGCUCCAAAUCGGACUUUAACGUCAAUGUAUAUCGACCCCCUCGUUAAGAUCUUAGAUAACCAGAACCGUAACACCAGUUCCCAUUCCAAAAACUCACCAAAUGGCGUUUUCGAUGCUCGGCCAUCCCAAACCCUCGUCCUCCUUAUCGAUUUCAAGAAUAAGGCACUUGAAACUUGGCCACGUCUCCUCUCCCAGCUGUCCCCGCUACGUGAUCGCGGCUACCUUACUUAUUUGAAUGGAACAGAUGUGACGGAAGGCCCGAUCACUGUGGUUGCGACAGGAAAGGCACCAUUCCAGAAAAUUAUCGCCAAUGACACAUAUAGAGAUAUCUUCUUCGACGCCCCACUAGACAAGCUGGGCAACGGUGCGAUCCUAGAAAAUCACGAACGAUCCUCAAGCCCAAAACUUGUCAACAAUGCAGGCAUAGAUGACAAGUUAAACAUUAUAAAACUCCGCCGUCAUCUACAGAACGGCGCCACCAAGCAACGUAACUCCCAGCUCCCAGAAGCUUCUCCCACUAGAAUCGACAAAUUAAAAGCAGCACCCAACAAUUACGUGUACAAUUCUAAUAACAGCUACUAUGCCUCCGUCUCCUUCAUGAAAUCCAUCGGCUUCCCCUGGCGUUUUACUCUUAGCCAGAAGCAAUUGGCGCGGAUCCGAGCCCAGGUGCGUGAGGCGCACAAACGUGGCCUUAAAGUGCGCUAUUGGGCUACCCCUGGCUGGCCGCACAGUUUACGAGAUCGCAUUUGGAGGGAUCUGAUUAGGGAAGGCGUCGAUAUUUUGAACGUCGACGACUUGAGAAGCGCAGCGAGACUAGAUUGGGGUAAAAGGUCGCUGUCGCGAUGA